AUGGUGAAUAAAGAAGGAUCACUAUUUUUUGCCAUUGUUGUUCUGGUAUUAAUAUUAUGUUGCAACGCUCAACCACCUGUAAUCUAUCCAUAUGGACCUAUUGUUUACUUUGAUACUACUCCUCAAAGAAAUAGUUUGAAUAGUGAUUUUCAAAAUGCAUAUUGGACAACUAAUACACAUGGAGAAAAAGGGUUGGUCGAUUUCUUUUUGGGACCAGAUGCCACACCAGUAUAUCUUCCCAUUGGUGCCAGUCCACUCGGGUCUGUUCAGAGUCCUGCUUCUUUUGCAUCCUACUUUCAAGAAGUUCAGGACGUUUCCAUACAACUGAACGACUAUAGUAAUUACAUGGAUUUUGAUAUACAUUUCCCUCAGGAGUUUGUGUAUGAAAGUAACCCAAAUUUUCAAAUCACUGGCCAGGGAUACGACGACAAAUCUCUUUAUCCAACAGAGACUGAAUAUUUUGACAGUAAUGGCCAACCACAAAACUUUCAUUGGUGUGCAUCCACCACAAUAUUUGUAGAGCUGAGAUGCAAGUCAGUAUCUUUUAGAAACACGUAUAGUAAUGGAAAUCUCUGGAUUUUUGCCAAUAAUUUUCUCGUUGCUGAUAAUCCUACUGAAUUCGAACCUAUCGUCUUUGGAGAAGGUCCCACAUUAUUGAACAUUUUUUGGUGUAAUAUGGGCACCAACGUCAGAGCUUUCAAUCCGAAUAGAAAUUGUGAGUCACAGGAACUUUGUUCCGAUGGUCUUGAUUGCACAUCGGAUCAUUGUGAUGACACAACAGGCACAUGUAGCUAUCGAAACUCUUGUCCACCAAGUUUAGAUGCUUGUUUAGUCAACAAAUGUGAUCCCGCCUCAAAUGUGAUGAUGGUAAUCCAUGUACAGUGGAUUGGUGCGAUAAUGGUGUGCGGUCAUGCUGAGCAAUGCAACACGACAAGUCUUUGUGAAAGUGCGCAUUGUAGAAUCAACGGAUUCAAUGCCGAAUGCUAUUACAAUGAUCUUUGUGUCUCCAUUGAUGGAUGCAUCAUUGGAUCAUGUGUGUCUCAAGAUCAAGGUUGUCAAUUUGUAGCUUUGGAAUGUGAUGAUGGUGAUCCUUCAACGAUUGAUGCAUGUAUCGAUGGAGCAUGUACAACAAUUGAUUGCUCAACAACUGAUCUUUGUGAAGAUGCUGUCAUUGUCAAUUCAACAUGUAUAUUUGUUCCAAAUUGUUUAUCAGAUGAUAAAUGUUUCCCAAAAUUAUGUGACCAGACUCAAGGAUGUGUGACCAAUGCCAUUGAUUGUGAUGAUGGGCUUGAUUGUACCAGAGAUUCUUGUUUGGAUGGAUUUUGUGUUCACGAUGAUAUCUGCUCCACCACUGGUGUGGUUUCAACAACUGCAAUCAUUACAACCACUGAAGUGAUAUCAACCACUGGUGACCUACCAUCAACCACAGCAACAUCAACCACCACUGGGCAAGCAUCAACAACAGAGAUCAUCACUACAACAGCAACCACCACUGGGCAAGCAUCAACAACAGAGAUCAUCACUACAACAGCAGUUGUAACUACCACCGAAGUGAUUACCACAACUGGAGAAACAUCAUCACAGGUAUCAACAUUGUCAUCAACUCUAUCGGAUCUAUCAACAACUACUGGAUUAGAUCCGACAACUUCUUCCUCUUCAUCAUCGUCGUCAUCGGGGUGGACAACUCUGGGUGGAACUAGCUUUACGACUCAUCACCAUCAAGAAUGUCACAUAGGACCAGAUGGAGCUUGUUUUGGAUGUCAUAAAGGACAGAGUUGUGUUAUGGUGAGUGGAGUGGGAAGAUGUCUCAAUGAUCAAGAUAAUUGCCCACCUAUUAAAUGUAGUAAGUGUAGAAAUGAUCUAUAA